UCAUUAAAGUUGUGUUCUAGUGUUAAGAUCAAUCAGUGAAACGUUAAUUUGAAAUUAUGGCACAGUUUAGGCUAACGAUUUUUACUUUGAUAAUAAUUGGUGUGCUUCAGGUUUACACCAAUCCUAUUUCUACUGAAGAAGAAACCGAUGUAUCGAAGCUAUUCUCAGCCGAUGAAUUACAGCGAGCAAAGGAUGCUGGAUUACCAGUUCAACGAUUAGUUGAAGGUUACUUUAACUAUGGUUUCACAUUCGAAGAUAUGAUGAAAUUACAACAAUUGCAAAACAGUAUGAAAGCACCGAAGAAGGCGGUCACCCCUGAAGAUAUGUACCCUGUUUGUCAAAUAUUUCUUCCUGAACUAAAAAUGGCAGCAAGUUAUACAAGCGCUCAGGAAGCAUACUUGUCGAAGUUACUUGCAGCCAUAAACCGCUUCGAGGACAAACACGAUCAUAUUAGAUUUCUUGAAACGACAGUUUGCAGUUAUUUAGGUCGACCGGAUUUGUUUGAUAUGGCGGCUAAUGCAUUCGGUUUGACUGUGGUUCCUUACAUGCAAAUGCGUUUCAUGGCAAUGAAAGCUGAAAAAGCUAAAGGAACUGGUCGUGUUAAAGUUGUUAAACAAAUGUGCUGCCUAAAUAAACACCGAGAUGAAGCAGUCAUGUUGGGUCAAUCAACAUUCACUGCCUUACCCGAUGAAGAAAUGAACGCAUUUGCCGAACAUUGGGAUCAAUUCGAAAUUGCAAAUACAUUGAAAUCAUUUGAAAACAUCUGUAAAUUCCUAGAUACCAAAGAUCAGACUAACGAUGAAUGUGUGGUAGCCAUACCAGUACCAAAUGCUGCAGAUCAGGAAUAGGUUGAUAUGUACUUAUAGUACGAGGCCAUAAUUAGCAAUAAAU